CCCUUUAAAGAGUAAUUGUGGCUCGUAGCCAAGGUGCUGCCCAGCAAACCUCAGACGAGGACACUCCAUCAGCUGAAGUCCUUGCUAGAAGGGCCAUAAGCAAUUUUGCCUUUCCAACUUUUUGUGCCAGCGCCUUUUCCACAAAGAGAGGGAGAGAGACAUUUUACUUUACUCUUAGGACAAUGAGCCAUCGUAAGCUCUUUUUACUGUCAUGUAUCCUAAUUGUGUCGGCUGUCAGUGGAGAGUCACAACCACGCCGCUACCAGAAAUGGAAAAAGGUCAUGGCGGAGAUGGCAGACGUAGAGGCAUAUAAUGAGUCCCUGUGGCCUGUCAUUUAUGAAGACAGGGAGAAGGAAAUGGAAACAUGUCAGCUGACAGUUGACCCAGAAGCUGCUGAUGAGUGCUCGGACACCGACAGCUGGUUCGGGAGUUGGCUGCGAUGGUGCCCCACGUCCCUCAGUCUGCUACGAGAGGCAGAGAAGAUGUUGCUGUCAAACCUAAAGAGCUUGUACAGAGGGCGUUACGUGAACGUGGGCUGCACGGUAGGCACAGAGGACUCGCACAUCUGGACUCUGAGCUUUAACGAAGAGUCGCCCAAAAUCCCUCUGGUGCUUCUGCAUGGUUUUGGGUCCGGGGUGGGCUUGUGGUGCCUCAACUACGAUGCGCUGGCUGCCAAGAGACCCAUCUAUGCCAUAGAUAUUGUUGGUUUUGGUCGCAGUUCCCGACCACAGUUUACGCGAGACCCCCUGGAAGCUGAGAGGGAGUUCAUCACGACCAUCGAAGCGUGGAGGGAGAAAAUGAACCUGGAAAAGUUCAUUCUGUUGGGUCAUUCCUUUGGUGGGUUCCUGGCCGCCUCCUACGCCAUCAAGCACCCUGAGAGGAUUUCCCACCUCAUCCUGGCUGACCCCUGGGGAUUCCCUGAGCGGCCCUUGGAUGUCGGCAGGAACUCGACCAUUCCGCUGUGGGUGCGAGCCAUUGGUGCCAUACUUCAGCCCUUUAACCCACUCUUCAUCGUCAGAACAGCUGGUCCCUGGGGUCCCAAGUUGCUCCAGAAAGCCCGGCCGGACCUUAUCCGCAAGUUUUCGGGCGUGGUGAAGGACUCGGAAGAAGUGAUUCCGAACUACCUGUACCACUGCAACGCGCAGAAUCCAACUGGUGAGUCAGCUUUCCACGCCCUCAUGGCUGGCUUUGGCUGGGCAAAGUAUCCAAUGAUUCAUCGAAUGGACUCGCUGAGGAAGGAAGUCCCGAUCACCUUGAUCUAUGGCUCGAGGUCUUGGGUGGACCGGGAUCCUGGUUUCCAGAUCAAGUACACGAGGCAAGAAUCGUACGUCGAUGUGGUGGUCAUCAAAGGCGCAGGUCACCAUGUGUACGCAGACAGAGCAGAGGUGUUUAACGAGCUUGUGAAUUACAUUGGAGACAAUGUAGACAACGGCACACUGCCCAAGAAAAUGAGCAUGAACCCAGAUUUAGUGGAAGGGGAGGAGGCCAGAAAUGCCGGCGUCACCUUGACCAAUAUGCUGAAUGUUCGCAAUGAUAACAUGCAAGACGUGACACAAGCGACGGUGGAGGACACUGAUAAUCCAGAGGAAAGUGAGAAGGAUGCUGUGUGAGGAAAGGAAAUCAUAGGUUGAUUCAGAAAAUUGUUAGAAGCUGGAUGCAUAGAUUAGGUUUAUUUAACAAUAUUUAUAUAUUAUGCAAAUAUUAGUCCUGACGUUAAUAACAAGUCUUUGGGAAAAUAGCUUGUUUCAAGUGGUUGUAAAAGAACUAACAUUAGCUAUUUCAGUCUUACUUGUGUUAUGCACUUUUACAAUUUUUCCCCGUUUCUUUCUACCUCUAUUGUCUGUUCUUGUUUCUAUAGGAAAAGAAGGUUUACAGAUGCACAACAUUAGUGUUAAUAAAAAAAUGAUAGACCAGGCAAAAGUGCUGGGAGUCUACAGAAACCCUCUUAUUUAUGUAAUUUUCAUAUGGUUGAAGAUUUCAUGAAUGGGACGCCUUCACCUUCUUCGCUUUGAUGUUGACAGCAGCCUGUCUCAUAGGAGAGUCUAUGCAUUCAGUAUUUUUUUCUUUCUUUUUUAUUUUUAAAAAUGGAUUUACUCUCCAUUUGUCCUCUUUAGAAAUUAUUAUCAUUAUUAAGGAAUGUAUAUAUUUCAUGUGGAAAUAUUUGGUUUGCACAUGUAUUUGUUUGUGUGAAAGUAUGUAUUUGUGUGAAUACAUACAUGCAUACAU